AAGUAAAAAAAUCGUUGGAAUGGUUGAGGAAGCUAACAUUGGAAAUGUAGUUAAUGUGGAAAAAUGGCUAAAAAAAAAAGAAGAGAAGUUUAAGCCACCAGUAUGCAACAGUAUUAUGGCUGGAGGCUUUUUAAAGAUUAUGUUCGUAGGUGGACCAAAUGUAAGAAAGGAUUAUCAUUUGGAUCAAGGAGAGGAGUUAUUCUACAUGGUGAAAGGGGAUAUGUGUUUGAAGAUUAUGGAGAGAGGAGAACCAAAAGAUGUUCAUAUUAAAGAGGGAGAGAUAUUUGUGCUGCCAUCCCGAAUUCCACAUUCACCUCAAAGAAGUGCAAAUACUUUAGGUCUGGUUAUUGAAAGAGAGAGGGCUGAUUUGUGGGAUGGGAUAAGAUACUACUGUGAUGAUGGAAAGACAAUUUUAUGGCAAAAAUUUUUUCACCUUCACAGUUUAGUGAAAGAUUUCCCUCCAGUGAUUGCAGAAUAUUUUGCUUCAGAGCAGUACAAAACAGGAAAACCAAUCCCAGGCACAACAGAGGAAGAUGAAGAGAAAUUUAAAGUGGAUGUUGAUACGGUUGUGAAUCCUCCAUUUUCACUCAACUCUUGGGUGAAUGAAAAUCUUGCAGAGAAUUGCAGUAAAAUGUUAUUUGGAAACGGCGAGUUUAAGGUUUUUGUGUAUGGUAAGGGCAAAUACGAUCUUGCGAAUAAAUACGAGACUUGGCUUUGGAUGAAGGAUGGAUCCGCCACGGUGACUGUUAAGGGUAAAGAAUUGAAGUUGUUGGGUGAAGAUUCGCUGAUCAUUUUACCUAACGAAAAAAUUUCAGUGGAAGUAAAUGACGUAAAAGGUUACUUGAUGGAGUUUAUUAUGGAUCCAACUGCGACACCUCAGAAGUAAUCUCUGUCAGAUGUUGUAACUUUAGAUUUUUGAUUCAUACGCACAGUCCUGAAGUAGCAGUUAAGUUAUCAAUCUUACUAAGAUAUAGCUGUGAUCUAGUAUCUUCUGUCAAGUCUCGUCUUAAUAAUAUGUUCUGUGUUGAAUGGGACACGCUGCCAAUGUUUCCUCCAUUUCAUAUUAUGCUGUAUUUUCUGAAAUACAGCAUAAUAUGCUGCCAAUGUUUCCUCCAUUUCAUAUUAUGCUGUAUUUUCUGAAACUUCUUCUUUAUUUAAAUAAUAUCCACAGUUUGUCUUCAGGACUUUUUAGCUAGUUUUUAGGUAAUUUUUUCAAAUAUAAGCAUUGUUGUGCACGAUUUUUUAUAAAUUUAAAAAGUGUUAGUGUGACAUUAUUUAAUAAUAUUGUAUAAAUGUAGAAUAACUUAGAUAGUAUUUGCAACGAUAGCAUAUGGUGGUUUGAAUUUUCGUUUUUUACCGAAAGAAGAAAUAAAUCAAUUCGGGA